CUUUCGUUGGUACACCUGCGGACAUAAGUGUUAGUAGGAAAUAUCCAAGCGGUGACAGACUGUACUCGAAUUUAUUAUUCUUUGUUCACACUCAAAGGAAGAAAGACUUGAAUCAGUCCAGGGGGCUAAAACCACUCUCUGGAAUCUCACUGGAGCUGUGGAAUCAACACCACAAUAAAGAGAAGAAAGCUACUGUCGAAGCUACAAUUCAAGAAAAUAUUCAAUCUUCCAGUCUUAACACAUGCGUUAUCCACUCCAAUAUACUUCAGAAACGAAUUUAUGUUUCUAAAGAGCCUCAACGCCUCAGUUGUGACGUCGAAAAGCUACUUUCUGUCUCCAACUUUUUUAGUCUACCACAGUAUCAGACUCGAUCUUGUCCUGUUCUUCUUAACCAGACGUCCGUCACGACUAAAACUACGUCCAUUCAGACUGAUUCCACAGCUACAGUGUCUCAAAUUACGAACGAACCGUCUGUCUUAUUAAUACCCCUUCAAGAAAACCCAUCUGGGACAAGAAACGCAGAAUUAUGUCUCGAAAAUGAAUCUCUUUCUCACGAAUCUGAUCAAUACGUGUGUGACGCUAGUGACAGUGUUCCUUUUUCUCCUAACACACACUUGAAUAGAAACGACAGCUUUAUAUUAGCUAUAAAGAAGGGGAAACCUAACGGUUCGAGUCAUAAAAUAGCCAAUAAUUUUGGUUCAAAUAACAAUAGAAAACGAAGCAGUGAAGACUGUUGCAACAUCAUUUGUCCUUCUGGAAAUAAACCUUUUAAGAUGAACCCAAAUACGAAACCUGUUCAGAAAAUACCUGGUAAUUCUUCAGUUGGUACAAGUUGUUAUGGCUUUGAAGAACAAUUAGGAUCUUAUAUUAUGGCGAACUUUACGAGUGCUAGCUCCAAUAAUGCGUCACCUUCGCGUCCAUCUGUUUUGAAUCUCUACAACUGUGGUUUACCAGAUUCCCUUCAGCCAGCGAGAUUUACAAACACAUCAGUCGACGAAACGUCUCUCCCACGUACUACUGACAGCCAAUCGUCACAGACAGAUACGUCAAUUAAUAUAGUCGAUAAAACCGAAACGAGAUGGGUCCCACGACUUUGUUACACGGAAAGACCUGUUCUUAUCGAAAAUAACUGUCAGCUUCGAAAUCAUACACCUACAAGUGAAAGUAGUCGAGCUAUUGGUAAAAAAAAUUCAAUAUCAGAAUUUACCAGAAACGAAACGUCAAACAUCGAAAAUUGUAGUAUUACCUCAAACAUUCCGGACUUUUCAAAACCACAUAGACGGCAUUCUUUAGAAAGUCAAAUGUCUGUGUUAUACAAACCUGAUUUAACUAGUUUAAAGGAGGCAGGUAAUUCUAAACGUGAUUUAUCGAGCAUGAAACUUGCAGUAAAACUCCACGAGGAGUCGGCCAAUCAGAUAAAGCCAACUGCACGUAUCCAUCUCGAGUCUGAGGUACAACAGAAUGGAACAGACCACGACGCUACUUCAGAUAACAGCGUUCCGGAUUCUGGAAGGCCACAUCCAUCUGUUGAGGAAUUUUUGUCAAACAUGAAGAAACUCAAAGAACAAUCCAAACAAUUUUAUCGAAUGGAAAAGCAACAUAAUGGACUGACGUGUGACUUUCAUAACAAUAAACAAGAGGGAGCUACAAGCAGCUUUAAGAAAUCAUCUGUUCCAAUUACAGCGGAAAUCUCAAGCGAAGAAGACCAUCGAUUCGAGAGGAAUAUGUACGAUAGUAAAGAAAGAGAUGAGAAAGUUAUGGAUGAAGCAAUGGAAUACGUU